UUUCAAGAAUGAGCUUGACAGAAGCUCCCCUUUGGGAGUCAUUGCUCUCGAAGGAUGUCAAGUCGAGGAAGUUCCUGGUGAUGCCUCCCGAAAGCACAAGCUCGUUGUAAAGCUCGGUCCGGAAUAUGCUGCCUUUGGGAAUCAUGACCAGUAUUUUCUUUCGACAUCAUCUUCUGAAUCACUGAGAAGUGCGAUACGGAGACUGGAAGAUGCAUCAGAUCCUCCAGAAGUUCUUUUUCGCUAUCUCAACAAAACGUGGGCUAGAGCUGGCGAGUUAAGACAUCUUUUGGCCAAGUCUCCCAAUGAUAAGACAGAACUUGAAUCUAUCAAAAGCCUUGAAGCGCAAUCUGUGAAGGUAACAGACGGAAUUGGCUAAAACGUACGUGGAGAAGGAAGCGUUGCUCAAAAAAGUAGAUAGACAGUGUGCCGAGGCAGAUAUAAAAGAAAAAGAUUUGUGGAAAGUACAGAUUCUCCGGGACAUCUUAAACUCCAAGGGAAAUGCGGGGGAUGUCCUUUUAAAGCUACAAAAGGAAACUCGAUUGACCAGGGAUGCCGUUGAACUCUUGCAAAAGAGAGCAAACUAUCUGCAAGGGCAAGGUCUUGAAGAUCUCUCUGAAGAUUCUCGCAAGUCUCUGCAUCGCAAGCUAAGGCUGGCCCUUGAGGCAAUAAACGAGCGACAUGCCAGGAUACGCGCUGAAGCUCCGCGGUACUCCUUUCCUGUGAACCCUCAGAUAUACUACCGAGGUGGCCAUUCCAAGGUUAGUAUUCUCAGAAGCAUAACAGGUCUACACAGGACAAUGACUCUCCCAUCCCAAUUCCAACGCUCGGUGUCACCAGCACCCUUCGUUCGUCCUCUUAGUCCUGCAACUCCAAAAAGUCCACGUAGACCACCCAGUCCUCUUUCCCCUCAGCUGCCAGAAUCUAAACCUUCUUCACCGCCAAUUCCUCCCACAGACAACUCAAAAACUAAAGAAGGAAAGCGGUUUUUCAACCCUUUAAAGCUGCUUCCAUUUCACCUCAAGUCAUUCUUUCCCAAGUCAUCCAAGUCUGACAAACAUAUAAAGGUGUCAAAGCCAGCUGAAUCUCCUCCAAAGUCACCUGUGUUAUCAUCGAGAGAAAGUUUAAGCCAUCCACAUUUGACGACUUUUACGACUCCACUUUCGUCAGUUCCCAGAACUUCUGUCCAGUCAUCACCUUAUCCUCCUCAUUUUUCGCCACAAUCCUUGAGAGGCAUUCUUCCGUCUCAUAUGAAAGCGUCAGUCCAGCAGCCUAGCUCCCCACUCGUGCUUCAGAAACUCGGACCACGUACACUGUCGUUUCACCAGCAACAAGCAAAGCCAGUGUCAUCCAUUGAUUCGUCUCGUACUUCUUCAACAGUUUCUUCACCAGUCUUUAAGCUAUCGCCAUCUUCUCUGCGUGGAAAACUGCCUCCAAGCUCUAAGGCUAAAAUACAUAAGCCAGCAGACGAGCUCUUCCCUCCAUUUGAGUUUAAAGUUCCAACAAUACCUUCUAAACUUCCCACUCCAGGCUUCACAUCACUUUCAGCGUCAUCUGCUGCAACCCCGCGCUUUUUAUCUCCUGAACGUCAAUCUUCGCCAUCUCAGAAGUUUCUACCGACGGUAACACCAUUCUCUUCAAAACUUGUGUCGUCUCCAGCUGCUGAAUGUCCUCAAACGCCAUCAACCUCUCAAACGCCACCAAAACUGCCACUAAGUUCACCUCAAACGCCGCCAUCGCCAUCUCAAACGCCACCUCCACAAGUUCCAAUCUCUGGAUCUUCUCCAAGUGUCCGGCCAUCGAUUCUAGCACAGCCGGCUGUUUCGGCUCGAUCACCAUCCAGUGUAACAGCAACUUCACCACCACAUUCUCGAGCUCUGCCGCCAUCUCCCGCUGCUCCUAUAAUUCCAGCUACUUCUCCUCGACAAGUUCCAGCUGCUCCCCCAGUUUCUCUUGAAGCUCCGAGAGUGUCUCCUCCUCGAUCUCCAAUUCUACCACCAAGACCCGAUGCUCAAGUUCCACCUCCGCCAGCUUUUCAAGUUCCAUCAGCGUCUGUUCAACCUCGGCCAGCUCUUCAACUUUGUACUGCGUCCGGCCAACAACCGACGCCUCCGCCGCCUCCUAUAGCUCCUCCCGGACCAACGUCACCUUCUCGAUCUCCGCCUAAAGCUGCGAGUCCUCGAGCGCCAACUGUUCAAGGUCUGACUCUGCCUACAUCGCCUUCGACGUCAACAACACUUGCUACUGGAUCUAUCCCAGCACCUCAACCGACGUCUCCACCGUCACACAAAGUUUCUUCACCGAAGUCACCAGUACCUCAAGUUGGAUCUUUGCGUGAAGCUCGAGCUCCGGUUCGACCUCUUGCAGCUCUUCAAGUUCCUGGUCCACAACCGAAGUCUCUACCUCCUUCUAAAGUUUCUCCACCUAAGUCACCACCACCUCAAGUCGGAGUACCAUCUCGACAACCAGCACCACUAGCUGCUGUUCACGUUCCUGGUCCACAACCGGCUCCACCACCAUCUAAAGUUUCUCCGCCGAAGUCACCACCACCUCAAGUUUCUGAAGCUCGAACUGCACCAGCUCCGCCUGCAGCUCUUCAGUCUUCACCGCCUUCCAAAUCUUCGCCACCGAAGUCACCACCACCUUCCAAAGUUUCGCCACCAAAGUCACAACCACCUCAAGUUCCUGCAACUCGACAGCCAGCACUUGCAACUCUUCACGCUCCGGCUCCACCGAAGCCACCACCACCUCAAGCUCCUCAAGCUCGAGUUGCAACUCCUCCACCAGCACCGCCUGCAGCUCUACAACCCGCUUCACCGCCUAAAGUUUCUCCACAUAAGUCCCCACCACCUCAAGCUCCUGAAGCUCGAGCUCCAACUCGACCACCAGCACCGCCUGCACCACUUCACGCUCCUGAUCCACAACUAGCUUCACCAUCUAAAGUUUCUCCACCGAAGUCACCACCAUCUCAAGCUCCUGAAGCUCAAGCUCCAACUCGACCACCAGCACCACCAACUCCUGCCGCUCCAACUGUGUCCGGUUCACAAUCGACGGUGACUCCACCUUUUCGACCUUCUCCCCCUGCGACUGCCUCUCCUCCUCGACCACAGUGGGUGCCUCUGACUUCUGCAGCUCUUCAAGUUCCGAUUGUGGCUACAUCUCCACAUCAAGCUCUGAGUGUCUCUGCUCCUCGGGCUUCAGCACGACCAUCACCUUCUGCUGCUCAAGUGCCACUCCAUGCUCAAGCUUCUUCUCCAUCGGCAUCACCACCUCGAACAGGAUCUCUACUACCAGCGCGACCUCCAGUUGCUCAUAGUUUAUCUCCUCCACAAGCUCCACCAGGUGUUUCAAGUGUCUCUUCUCGAGCUCAAGCUCCAACAGCGUCUAUCCCUCCGCCUCGAACACCAACAUCGCCACCACCUUUGAGAGCUCCAGCGCCUCCUCCAGCACCUCCUCCGGUUCCCAUUGCGUCCGGCAGUGCUGUUGUAAACCGUCCAGCAUUUACUCCGGGAUCGCCACCUUUUCGAGCUCCUUCACAAGUUUUUCUGCCAACCAUGUCUGGACCACAGCGACCACAGCCGCAACCAGUUUCUUCUCAUCCGCCGGCAGCACAAGCUCCUCAAGGACCUCGAGCUCCACCGCCGCUUCCGCAAGGGCCUCCUCGAGCUCCAAUGCCGGUGCCUCCUUCUCAACGUCCGUUUGUUUCUCCGCAAGGUCGUCCUCUACCUGCAGCACCUCCUGCUAUCAGUGCAGCCCCUCUUAGACCGCCUCCUCCACUUCUUCAACGUCCACCAUUUUCGAGUUCACCCCUGCAAGGUCCUCCACCACGUCCGGCUUUUGUUGCUCCACAGGCUUUGGGCCCUACACCUUCAUCAGAUCUCUAUGCGCGCCCGGCAACUUUCCAGAGAAUGCUUGCUCCACCGGGUUCUAGAACUCCACCGCCGCCGCCACCACUUCCUCCUCAACGUGGCCAAGCACCAGGUCCACCGCCGACUCCAAGAAUGCCAGGAACUGGAGCUAUGCUCAGAGCACCCCUGGCAGCUGGUCCUGUAGAGCAAAGGCCGCCACCUCAACAGCCUUCACCGUUUCCAGCGGCAACACCUCAGCAAGGAGGGCCACCUCCAUUUCCAGCAGCUAGACCACCUCAACAAACAGCACCAUCUCCAUCUUCCGCGGGGCCUUCUCCUGGACUGUCACCAUUUCAGGCGAGGGCAGCUCAAGGACCACCUCCACCUCCACUUCCGCCGCCUCCUCGUCCCUUUCCUUCUUCGCUGCAGCGAGGUCCUGGUCCUCCACAGCCAUCGCAGCAGCGAGCUCCUGGUCCUCCACAGCCAGCGAGACCGUUGGCUCCAUCUUCCCGAGCGGUAACUCCACAACCUUUAAGGCCGGAUAAAGCAACAACACCACGUCCAGAGUUUAGGCCGCCAGCUCCAGGCGAGUUUAAUGCUGCUAGAACUCCUCUCAGGCGGACCAGCUCUUCGCCGUCUCUUCUUCCGUCUGCGACUCCAGGGCCUUAUCGUCCGCCACCACCGCCGCCACCACUUCCUCAGUGGCGCCCGCAAGCUUUGGUUACACCGCAAGUUAUGACUCACAGCCAGAGCCAGCUACGUCCUGGACUUGCUGUUGAUAAUCGGUCCAUGCAGCUCUUGGAUGCGGUGAGCUUUGCAGCUCUGAAUCUGCUCAUGCACAUCUACAAUCAGGCAGAAGCUUUUGUACAGAAGAAUCAACAGCGAGCUGUGGUGGAAACUUCUUCUGUCAAGGGUAGCGAUGUUUCUUCGGAGCUCAACUCUGGCACUGACGGUAGGCAACCUGAGCAGGAGAAAUGUGAUGGGAUGACUCAAACGAGGGAAUUUGAAUCGGUUCGACGUGAUGGAGCCACACAGACUGCAGGCCAAGGGGACCAACCCCGUUAUCCUUCACCUGGAGCGUCCCGGCGAAAUCAAAUGGCUGGGCCGUCAGCUCCACCAGUUUAUGACUAUAGAAGAGAGCCUCCUGCUCCACGACGAAGGCCAAGGUACCAGCAGCAGCGAGCACUCUACCUUGGAAAUCCUGCCGGGCUACGUCCUUUGCCAGCUCCAAAGCCUCGGAGACGUCUUGACAUGUUUCAUAUUCUGAGGCCGCACAUUGAUCGGAGCUACUACACCGAAGAUGACGAUCCGUAUAUGCGGAGAAGGAACAGAGGUAUGCGAGAAGAGUUUUACUAUCCGGAAGAAUGGGAAUCGUGGAGUCCUGUAAGAAGACAGGUUCAGCAGCGAGUAGUUCUGAGGGAGGAAGACGAUGAGGUUGAUCUCAAGCAGCAGCAGGAAAAACACAAGCAGGAUCAAAACGUUCAAGUUUUGAGUCCCCAGUCCUCGGCUCGCUCUGUUGUUUCGUCGAGACAGACCUCCGCAUCCUCGACCGAGUCUGACGAUGACAACGGUGCAUCAACUUCGUUGCCAGAGAUUUCCAUCGACCUGACGUGCACUUACGAAUUUGGUUUCGCUGGUGGCGGUCGGAGAAAAUGAAGUUUUAUCACCUCAGGUCCGCUGGAGAAUGAGUUGGGCGAGGAAGCAUCGUGACCAAGACCUCUGGGACGCUCUCAACGAUCUCAAAGAUGAGCUCCAUUUCAAGCAGGCGGUCGUUCGGUUCGAG